AUGCUCAAGUUUCCGAAACCACGUAUCUUUGGGCGACCAGGGAAGACCUCCCCCCGCUUCAUCCAAGAUGUUCUCUGCUACGACCCGGCAACCCCCUCAGGGCAAGGAUUCAAUCUCCUCACAGAUGUCCCGCCGGUUUGGGAGGAUGCCAAUGACUAUCCAGAAUUUGUCGCACCCAAUCACUGCCCUCAUCGUUACCUAACCAAGCCAAACCAGACAAAACUCCCACAGGACAUCAGCACACUAUGUUGCGGUAAUGUCUUCAAGGUUUCUGCGGUUUGUAUGUGGUGUCGCUAUCAUAUAGAACUGGCCAUCACAUAUACUGCCCCGAAACAAGUGAGACUAGAUCACCUUCAUCAUCUGGUAUUUGUUUCUGAAACAUUAGCAAAAGACGAUCCGGACUAUCGAUUUGACUCACGCACCCGACACAGUGAACGGUACUACUUUGUUUGUUCUAUUCCGGAAUGUACCGCCGAGUUCUCACUGAAAUUCUUUGCCCCAUAUCUCACACCUCAGAGUGUCAGGCUGUUAGUAGACGAGCAUCUAUUGAGAGAGCGCAUGGAAGAAGCUUUGAAGCUUUGCCCUGAUCGCUUGGAAGGAAUCAGUCAUCCGCUUCCUAUCACAGUCUUGGCCACUCUAAAAGCAUAUAUCGACAUUGCAUUGAAUGAGCCGGAAAGAAGCCGCGGAAUAGAUCUUGGGAAUAAACGCUUCACAACAUCAUUUGGUGUCAGAGGGACACCUUGCAAAGGCCUCUUAGAAUUCAUAGGAUUCAAAUUGAAGGAAGAUAAAAACUGCUGGCUCCCACCUAACCCAGUGAAGUCUUCUCUCCUGCCAUAUCACCACCCCGAACGCAUAUUCCUUGACGACCUUUCGAAUGAAUUGCUUGCCUUGAUGAAACAGCGCCCCGAGCAUGAAAAGGAGGCGUACUUCCUGGAUUUUUCGGCGGAAGCAGCUUCCACCCAGUUUAGUUACCUGCUUGGCUCAAACAAUUGUACGCGAGACUUGGGGGCGACAGAGGAUAUGUCGAGCGAACUGAUCAUCGAAGCUUAUCGGAAUCAGGUCCAGUGUGAUCCGGAUCGAAGCUCUUACUAUUUCAAAUGUCUCCGCUCCAUCGGCCAUUGGAGGGGGGAACUCGAGGGCAAAACCAUCGCCGAAUUCAUCGAAGAGCAAUACGCAGAGGGAAAAUACGCCGACGAUGACAUUCCGGACGCCUAUCGGUUUUUCCAGCUUGAUAUCAAUGAUAGAAGCCUCUCCGAUGAGACUAUAAUAGGAUCUUUUUUUGCACGACUAGAGGACUCUCCUAAUGAGGCAGAACCGAGAAGGCAGCUUGCAAGGAUUGGCGAUUAUCGCCGUAGUCAGGCGAUAAAAUCAGUUGCAGAAGAAAGUGUAUCGGACAUGCAACAAGCCCUUGUGUUCCUCGGUGCCGAACAAGAUACGCCUGACGACUUCAUCAUUUCCAUGUAUGCUGCAAAGGUCGACGAUAUGCCUGCCACUAAAGAACUUGCUAAGCGUGCGCUGUCAUUAAUCGCGGAAGAAAGAAAAUCUGAGCACCUUCGAUACUUCCUUCGUACCGGCGAUGCACAAUCAGAUGAAAUGGAUAUUGGCGAAGCUUAUCGACUCUUUCAGAUAUCUGACCGUACAGUAGAUGACGAUUCUAUCCUUGCGGCGUUUCAAGUCUUCGCCACGGAGGAUCCGGCACAGAUCGAAACUUACCGAAAGGCCCUUAAGGUUAUUUCAGAUGAGACCCAGAGCUUAUUGCUGAAGAAGGCGCUUGGUGAAGAUCUCACUCCAGACAAUUUCGACCUUAAAGAAUGGCCAGUGGGUCUACGCAAUAUCGGCAACACAUGUUACCUCAACAGCCUACUUCAAUUCUAUUUUACGGUGACGCCUUUUCGGAAUAUGAUCUUUCACUUUGAAAAACAAAAAAUGGAGCUGGACGACGAAAGCUUACGGCGCAAGAAAGUCGGAUCGCGAACAGUUUCCAGAUCUGAAGUCGAACGGGCCCAAAAAUUUAUUCGCGAACUACGCUCGCUUUUUAAGAACAUGGCGUCUUCCCCGACACGUUGUGUGACUCCGAGCCAGGAACUUGCGAGAUUGACGCUUCUUAGCUCUUCAAACGAGGCCGCAAUUCGACGUAAAUCCCUAGCUGAACCAAAUUUGCCAGUUUACGGUCCUUUCUUACCACCCGAUGUUGACCUUGAUAGUAAUGCUGGUUCAUCUCUGGCCACACGACCUAUCAAAGGACAAGGUAGUGAAGAUAGCGAGGCAACCCUUGUCCCCCCUUCUGACCCAAGUAGUAUCGAAAUCGGAAUCGACAAUAAAGAGAAUGUACAGCCUCAAGAACCCGGGGCUGUUGUUGAGUCUACAGCUGCCGCGCCCGCCAAUGGCCCUGCAGCUGCGCAGGAAGGUUCGACGCGUAAACCAAUGAAUCCUCCUGAUAGACCGCCGCCUGUUCCGCCUCGUCCAGUACCUGAUAGCGUGAAGAAGGAACUAGAGAUUGGCGCACAGCAGGAUGUCACAGAAGUGAUCAAUAAUGUACUGUUCCAAGCACAGUGUGCCGUUAAGCCCGAAGGCUAUGAUGCAGACGGCGGACAACUCGAUAUUGUCACUGAACUCUUCUAUGGCAAAACAAAGUCAUACAUCACAACGUCGGACGGUGUUCGGUGCAAAGAAGAGCCAUGGUCAGAUAUUAAAGUGGACGUUGCAAGACAAUCCAGUGAUAUAUAUUCAGCCCUUGAUGGUGCCUUUGACAUGCAACAAGUGCACAUUGGUGGCGUGGAAGCGGAGCAACACGGCACUAUCAGCAAGGCUCCCCCGAUUCUCCAGAUUCAAAUCCAGCGAGUGCAAUUUGACCAGGUUCAAAUGCAGUCGUUCAAAUCAAACAAUCACCUGGAGUUGAGAGAGACGAUAUAUCUUGAUCGAUAUAUGGACACGCCACUGGAUGAUAAAAUCCACAGGAAGCGUCAGGAGAAAUGGCGUUUAAAGGACGAGCUACAGAGAUUAGAAAAACGCAGGGAUGAGCUCUACAACAAGGCCAACCAGCCUUUACCCGAAGUAUUCGACAUGCUUGGAAACAAAUUACAAGUGUUUAUGGACCUCCAAGAAAGCUCCAAAAUUAAUGAUGAUGGCCUUGGUGUCGAAGAAUCAACAAUAGCUCUUGUUUCUAGGUUCGAGGAGGCUACGGAAGAUGAAAUAUUGUGGAUCGACAAACGGAUCGCCGAGCUCGGUUGGCACCUCGAGAAUACGUUUGCUGAAGACGAAAGAGUCCCGUACCGUCUGUAUGCGGUGUUUAUUCAUCGGGGCUCGGCCUCAGCUGGUCAUUAUUGGAUUUAUAUUUUUGAUUUCGAGAAAAAAAUCUGGCGUGAAUAUAACGACGAGCAGGUAUUGGAAAUUAAGAAGCUGUCAACAAUAUUCGCGCCAGAGACAGGACCUCACUCGCCGUCGCCUUACUUCCUAGUAUACGUCAAUGAUCCUCUGAAGGAAAAACUCACCAAUCCAGUAUGCCGGGCCGUUAGAGACCUACCUUCACCGGACCUGCCUACAAAUACGGUCGAUCCGCCGCCGUUCAAGACCUCAGAGGAGCAGAUGGAUAGGCAUGCCAGGCCGCCCACUAGAGAACCUGUCAAGGGGAAGCAGCAGCCCGCCGAUGGAGUGGCACAACAAGAUCUCGAAAUGUCCGACGCCCCACCAUCAUACGAAGACGUGACUUCUAUGAACAAUAAAGGUAUGAGGAAUACUCGUCCCCGGAUUCAAAAGCAGAGUAGUUCUCACGAAGCCUCCCUUGAGCCUGCUGCGGGUGGAUCAUGGGCGAAGGAGCUUACUGACAUGCCUGGCGCCGAAUGGUAG